AUGCAGGCCCCCAGCCCCAGCACGAGAGAGGCGGCCUCCAUGUACAGCACGGCGGUGGCCGUCUUCCUGGUCAUCCUGGUGGCCGCGCUGCAGAGCUCGGCGCCCCCCACGGACCCCUUCCCCUACCAGAUCCCCUUGGAUCCCAAUGGCUCCCUGCAGCUGUCCUGGAACGUCAGCUACGCGGACGAGACGGUUUACUUCCAGCUGCUCGUGCUGGAGCUCAAGGCUGGUGUCCUGUUUGGGAUGUCGGACCGUGGCGAGCUGGAAAACGCUGACCUGGUCGUGCUCUGGACCGAUGGAGGCAGAGCCUAUUUUGGGGACGCCUGGAGUGACCAGAGAGGACAGAUUCAGCUGGAUUCCCAGCAGGACUACCAGCUGCUGAGCGCACAGAGAACCGGGGAAGGCCUGAGCCUGCUCUUCAAGAGGCCUUUUGACACCUGUGACCCCAAUGAUUACGUCAUCGAGGACGGCACCGUGCACCUCGUGUACGGGGUCCUGGAGGAGCCGCCCCGGGCUCUGGAGGCCAUCAACGUCUCGGGACUGCGGACGGGGCUGCAGAGGGCACAGCUGUUGAAGCCCAGCGUCUCCACCCCGGCCUUGCCCGCGGACAGUCACACCAUGGAGAUCCGUGUCCCCAACAUCCUGAUCCCCAGCCAGGAGACCACGUACUGGUGCCACGUCGUUGAACUUCCAGCAGGUUUCCAGAAGCACCACAUCGUCAUGUACGAGCCCAUCGUCACCAAGGGCAACCAGCUACUGGUGCACCACAUGGAGGUCUUCCAGUGCACCCCCCCACUGAAGAGCUUCCCUCUGUUCAGCGGGCCCUGCGAUUCCAAAAUGAAGCCCCCGGACCUCAACUACUGCCGCCACGUGCUGGCCGCCUGGGCCCUGGGUGCCAAGGCCUUCUACUACCCGGAGGAAGUAGGCCUUGCCUUUGGGGGCGAUGAGUUCUCCAGAUUUCUCCGUCUGGAAGUUCACUACCACAACCCGAUGGAGCUUGGAGGCCGGCGCGACUCCUCGGGCAUCCGCCUGUACUACACGACCCGGCUGCGCCCUUCGGAGGCGGGCGUCAUGGAGCUGGGGCUGGUGUACUCGCCCACGAUGGCCAUCCCCCCGCAGGAGAGCGCCUUUGUCCUCAGCGGCUACUGCACGGACGAGUGCACCCGGCUGGCCCUGCCUCCCUUGGGGAUCCACAUCUUCGCUUCACAGCUGCACACACACCUGGCGGGGAGGAAGGUGCUCACCGUGCUGGUCCGGGACGGCCGCGUGAUGGAGGUUGUGAACAGGGACGACCACUACAGCCCUCACUUCCAGGAGAUCCGCAUGUUGAAGAAGGUGGUGUCUGUGUACCCGGGGGACGUUCUCGUCACUUCCUGUACCUACAACACAGAAGACAGGAAGCUGGCCACUGUGGGGGGCUUUGGAAUCAAUGAGGAGAUGUGCGUGAACUACAUCCACUACUACCCCGUGACAAAGCUGGAACUCUGCAAGAGCACCGUGAACCCAGACUUCCUGCAGAAGUACUUCCACCUGGUGAACAGUUUCAAUGAUAAGGAAGUGUGCACCUGCGCCCAGGCCUCUGUCACUGACCAGUUCGAGUCAGUUCCCUGGAACUCGUUCAGUCGAGAGAUGCUCAGGGCCCUGUACGGCUUCGCCCCCAUCUCCGUGCACUGCAACAAGUCCUCGGCCGUCCGCUUCCAGGGUAAUUGGGACCGGCAGCCCCUGCCGAAGAUCACAUCCAGGCUGGAAGAACCCACCAGUCACUGCCCAGCCAGCCAGGGUCGGCGCUCCUCCGGCCUCACUGUGGUCAGCAUUGGUGGGGGCAAAAGUUGAGUGGGGUCGACCCCACCCCCCUCUCUGCACUGUGGCUGUGGGAUCAUACCAGCCCUGUGCACCCCGACUCUGUGAAGACCCCCGUGAACAGCUCUGUGCGCUCAGGAUGAGUGGGCAGGGCCCGGCCCCUGCCUGAGGCCACGGUCCAUUCUAGCUUUUGCCCUUCAAGGGCCCCUUGGAUGGCCGACAGGGUCCGGUGAGAGUCCCCUGUUGGCCCUCUUGGGCCUGGGGAGACCCAGGCCUCCUCCACACCCCCUCGGUGGCCCCGAGCCCCGCCUUCCUCCCUGGUCCUGGCUGCGGGGCCGACCCCCUCCCCCUGCCCCCGUGUCCCCUGCCCCAGUCCAAAGCCAUCUGUGUCAGUGCGUUGGGUACACACGCUGCUAAACCGUU